UAAGUGCUGAAAUAUUUUGCUAAAUACUUUUUAAGAGAUUUUAAAAAAAUAAAUCAAAGCUAAGAUGGAUAAUUUUAUGAAUCCACAAAAAUUGCAUAAAGGAUUACAAGAACCAGAUAAACCAUGGAGUUUUAUAGAGUCUGCACUUAUUGCGAGACACGCACCCGAAGUAGGACCACAUCCAAUGAAAAUGAAAUGUCCCUCAUGUGCCAAACAAAUCACAUCACACAUUGAUACAGAGACUUAUUCAAAAACGCAUUUUUGUGCAGCCGCUCUGAUUAUGACAAUUGUAUGCUGUCCGCUGUCAUGUCUAGUGUACUUAAUUGAUACAUGGAAGAGGAAGCAUCACUAUUGUCCUGAGUGUAAAAUGUAUCUUGGAACUUACAGUGGCUAACAAAAAUGUGAUAAAGAAAUUUUUGUGCUUUAUAUUUUUACAUUUAAAGUGUGAU